AUGACUGACAGAAAGUCGUUCAGAGGAACUGUCUCUGAGGUGGGAUGUGAUGCACGGAGCUCAGACCCAGAAGAGGAGGAAAAGUGUAGGAGUGUGACAAAGGAUUCAGAGAGGGUGUGGGAGAUCCCGUCUCUCCAGGAGCUAGAGGAGAUUUUACUUUCAGCUCCAACCUCCUUUAGCCAUGGAGAUGAGGUGUGGCCGAACCUGUACCUGGGAGACCUGGUUAUGGCUCAUGACAAGCUCGGGCUCUGGAAGCUGGGCGUCACUCAUGUACUGAAUGCAGCACAUGGUAAACUGUGCUCUAAGGGCAGUGAGGAUUUCUACGGAACUACAGUGAAAUACUACGGAGUCCCAGCCAGUGACCAGCCAACCUUUGACCUUUCAUCAUUUUUCUACCCUGCUGCUGAGUUCAUCCACCAGGCUUUGACAUCAGGAGGAAAGGUGCUUGUACAUUGUGCUGUGGGUGUCAGUCGCUCGGCUGCAUUAAUCCUAGCCUACCUGAUGAUUCAUCACCACCUCAGUCUUCUGAACUCUAUAUGCUGUGUGCAACAGAAACGCUGGAUUUGCCCCAACACGGGCUUUCUGAGACAGCUUAUAGUUCUGGACCGAAAACUGCAGGACACAGGGGUGAAAGGGUCAAAAUAA